AUGACCACUGCUGCUUAUUAUUGGAAUCUUUAUGAUGCAUGGAACAUAUCACUUGAUUAUGGCCUAGUCUUUAAACGAUUCCAGUAUGGUGUUUCAUUGGAAAGAGGACCCUUUGACAAGAGAACUGCAGAUUAUGUUUGGAUGUUCAUAUUUGGUGCACUCUCUCUUCUGGUGAUUUCAGCAGUGCCAUAUCUUCGGUAUCCAUUCAUGGGAAUUUCGUUAGUUUUCAUGAUCGUUUAUGUUUGGAGCCGCGAGUUUCCAAACGCACGAAUCAACAUCUAUGGUGUCGUAUCAUUGAAGGGAUUUUACCUUCCAUGGGCUUUGCUAGGUCUGGAUUUAAUAUUUGGAAGUCCUAUAAAACCAGACAUUGUAGGUAUGGUCGCAGGGCACUUGUAUUACUUCUUAACAGUGCUUCAUCCUCUUGCUGGGGGAAAGUUCAAAUUCAAAACCCCUCUCUGGGUUCAGAAAAUAGUAGCAUAUUGGGGAGAGGGUACACAGAUAAAUUCUCCAGUGCAAUCUAAUCCAUCAGCUGGAAUUGUCUUUAAAGGAAGAAGUCAUCGUCUUGGAGGGACUGAAAGAAGCACAGCAAGAGACAGUGAAGAGCAAACUGAAGGGAAUGCUUCAUCUUCUUCUUCUUCUUCCUCCCCUCAACAACACAGUCAAAGUAAUGGAGUUGCUUUCCGAGGAAAGAGUUAUCGUUUAAAUGAAUGA